GCCGGCACUUUGCAAACUCCUUGCCUGCCCCCGGUGGCCACAGCUCCGCGCUCUCCCAGCCCCAGCGCGUCAGUUGGGCAGCAGAGCACCGCAACGCGCGGUGCUGGAGGUGCGGGGACGCCGGGGUGGGCGCCGCCGGAGGUGGGAGCCGAGGCGGAGCCGUGCCAGCCCGGUGCUGAGCUCCGUGCUGCGCGGAGGGACUGUACCCGCGGCGCAGCCAUGGCCGCCCCACUGCCGCCUCCGACGCCGCCCCGCCUCCCGCUGGCCUGAGGCGCGGCCGGCCACCGGGCGGGGACCAUGGCCAGCGCCGCCGAACCCCCAGGCAAGGCGGCCGAGUACCUGCGGGAGCUGACUCGGAUCGUCGCGGCGCAGCAAGAGCUGCUGGCGCGCCGGGGGCGGCGCAUCCAGGAGCUGGAGCUCCAAGUGGCGCGGCUGAGCCGCGAGAACGCCGGCCUGCUGGAGCGGCACCGUCGGCACCUGGCCGCGUGCGCCCUGCUUCCUGACCCGGGCCCGGGUCCUCAGCCUCUCGGCGCCAGCCCGGAGGUCAGCGGACUCCGUGACAAGUCUGAAGGAAAAAGCUCCCAGAGCAUCAGCGUGGAGGGUGAGGCCCCCAGCAGCGAGACCUGCACGUCACUGGACAGUCCUUCAGCCUAUCGCCAGGGUCCCUUAGUGCCUGGCUCCAGCCUGAGCCCGGACCACUACGAGCAUACGUCUGUGGGCACCUAUGGGCUAUACUCUGGGCCGCUGGGGCAGCAGCAGCGCACACGGAGGCCCAAGCUGCAGCACUCGACUUCCAUCCUACGCAAGCAGGCUGAGGAAGAGGCCAUCAAGCGCUCACGCUCCCUCUCAGAAAGCUAUGAGCUCUCCUCAGACCUGCAGGACAAGCAGGUGGAGAUGCUAGAACGGAAGUAUGGGGGACGCCUCGUGACCCGCCAUGCAGCCCGCACCAUCCAGACAGCCUUCCGCCAGUACCAGAUGAACAAGAACUUUGAGCGCCUGCGUAGCUCCAUGUCAGAGAACCGCAUGUCCCGCCGGAUUGUGCUGUCCAACAUGAGAAUGCAGUUCUCCUUUGAGGGGCCUGAGAAGAUGCAUAGCUCCUACUUUGAAGGAAAGCAGGUCUCAGUGACCGGUGAUGGCUCUCAGUUGGGGACCCUGGUGCCAUCUGAAUGCAGUGAGUUUGUUGAGGCGCCUUCCCUCAAGUCUUCAGCCCCAUCUAGUGACUUUGCAGAUGCCAUCACUGAGCUGGAGGACGCCUUCUCCCGGCAGGUGAAAUCUCUGGCCGAGUCCAUCGACGAUGCCCUCAACUGCCGCAGCCUUCAUGCUGAGGAGGCGUCAGUCACCGACGCAGGGCGAGCCCAGGGCACGGACCCCCAGACAGCCCUGCAAACUGUGGACCACCACAAACUGGAUGAGAUGACAGCCUCAUAUAGUGAUGUCACCCUGUACAUCGAUGAGGAGGAACUGUCACCACCCCUGCCCCUCUCUCAGGCGGGGCACCGGCCAUCCAGUUCUGAAUUAGACCUGCAAAUAAGGGCUGGAGGUGCCACCCAGGACUACUGGGCCCUGGCUCACAAGGAUGACAAGGGGGACACGGACACUAGCUGCCAGAGCACACCAUCUCUUGAGCAGCAGGAGCAGCGGCUGCGGGUGGAGCAUCUCCCGCUGCUCACCAUCGAGCCUCCCAGUGAUAGCUCCGUGGACCUCAGCGACCGCUCAGACCGUGGCUCACUCAAGAGGCAGAGCACCUAUGAGCGCAGUCUUGGUGGACAGCAGGGCAGCCCCAAGCAUGGCCCCCAAAGUGUCCCCCUUAAGGGCCUGCCCCGGGAGGACCCAGAGUUGCGGCCUCAGCCUUCCAGGGCCCUUGAUGGCCACUUGGCCAUCAAUGGCUCGGCCAACAGGCAGAGCAAAUCUGAGUCAGACUACUCGGAUGGGGACAACGACAGCAUCAAUAGCACUUCCAACUCCAAUGACACCAUCAACUGCAGCUCUGAGUCAUCAUCCCGUGACAGCCUGCGGGAGCAGACACUCAGCAAACAGACCUAUCACAAGGAGACCCGCAACAGCUGGGACUCACCCGCCUUCAGCAAUGACAUCAUCCGAAAGAGGCAUUAUCGCAUUGGCCUCAACCUUUUCAACAAGAAGCCUGAGAAGGGCAUCCAGUACCUCAUUGAACGUGGCUUUGUGCCGGACACACCAGUGGGAGUAGCCCACUUCCUGUUGCAGCGCAAGGGCCUGAGCCGACAGAUGAUUGGCGAGUUCCUGGGCAACAGGCAGAAGCAGUUCAACCGAGAUGUGCUGGACUGCGUGGUGGACGAGAUGGACUUCUCUGCCAUGGAGCUGGAUGAAGCCCUCAGGAAGUUCCAAGCACACAUUCGGGUCCAGGGGGAGGCUCAGAAGGUGGAGCGGCUCAUUGAGGCCUUCAGCCAGCGGUACUGCAUCUGCAACCCUGGGGUGGUGCGACAGUUCCGGAACCCAGACACCAUCUUCAUCCUGGCCUUCGCCAUCAUCCUGCUCAACACAGACAUGUACAGCCCCAACGUCAAGCCUGAGCGCAAGAUGAAGCUGGAGGACUUCGUCAAGAACCUCCGAGGAGUAGAUGACGGCGAGGACAUUCCCCGGGAGAUGCUGAUCGGUAUCUACGAGCGGAUCCGCAAGCGGGAGCUAAAGACCAAUGAGGACCAUGUGUCCCAGGUGCAGAAGGUGGAGAAGCUUAUCGUGGGGAAGAAGCCGAUUGGAUCCCUGCAUCACGGGCUUGGCUGUGUUCUCUCUCUGCCUCACCGGCGACUGGUCUGCUACUGCCGGCUCUUCGAAGUUCCAGACCCAAAUAAGCCCCAGAAACUUGGACUGCACCAGCGAGAAAUCUUCCUGUUUAAUGACCUCCUGGUGGUUACGAAGAUCUUUCAGAAGAAGAAGAACUCGGUGACGUACAACUUUCGACAGUCCUUCUCCCUCUACGGCAUGCAGGUCCUGCUCUUCGAGAACCAGUACUACCCCAAUGGCAUCCGGCUCACAUCUGCAGUCCCUGGAGCAGACAUAAAAGUGCUAAUAAACUUUAACGCUCCCAAUCCUCAAGACCGGAAGAAAUUCAGCGAUGACCUACGGGAGUCUAUUGCAGAGGUGCAGGAGAUGGAGAAGCACAGGAUAGAGUCGGAGCUCGAGAAACAGAAGGGUGUUGUGCGGCCCAGCAUGUCCCAGUGCUCCAGCCUCAAAAAGGAGUCAGGCAAUGGGACGCUUAACCGGGCCUGCCUGGACGACAGCUACGCCAGCAGCGAGGGCCUCAAGCGCAGCGCCCUCAGCAGCUCCCUGAGGGACCUUUCAGAAGCUGGGAAGCGAGGGCGUCGCAGCAGUGCGGGAUCGCUAGAGAGCACUGUGGAAGGGUCCAUCAUUAGCAGCCCUCACAUGCGCCGGAGAGCUCCAUCAACACGAGAGUGUCCAUCUCGCCCACACCAGACAAUGCCUAAUUCAUCCUCCCUCCUGGGCUCCUUAUUUGGGAGUAAGAGAGGGAAGCCCCCUCCUCAGGCUUACCUGCCUUCAGCCCCUCCCCAGCCACCCCCAUACCUGCCGAGCCUGCCCCACCCUCCGCACUCUGUGGCAAGCCAUCACCAGGGGCCUGCAGAGGGCCCGCCACAGGCCCAGGUGCAUGGGCACCACAGCCAGUACUGCCACAUGCAGCAGAACCCGCCCCCCUACCACCACCACCACCACUACCACCCCCCGCAGCAUAUGCAGCACGCACACGCCUACCACCAUGGACCCCCCGGGGGGCACCUGCCCUACGGGGCCCACGUGCACAGCCACCCACCCCUGCCCUUGGCCCACGCCAGCCAUCCCGGCCACUCGAGCCAUGCAGGACACCACCACGGGCAGUCCCCUGUUCCACCGCCCCCCACCAGCAGCAAGGCGAAACCCAGCGUCAUCAGCACAAUUGUGUAGACAGCCUGAAAGGGGGUCCCAGACCCCCUGGAACAAGUGCACACCACACAGAGACACGCCGGGGACAGCCAACCUCAGACCAGACCCAGGGCCCUUCCGUUUCCAUCUCCGGCCCCCGCUCCCCACAGCCUGGAUGGGAGCUCCCAAGCCUAUAGGCUCGUGUUGUAGGAAACAAAGCUCCUGAUUUAAUUUAGCGUUGCAGCCCCGGGCUCCGUCUUCUUCAUCCCAAGGGGUGGGCCUCAGCCACCAUCAGCUUUGAAAUGGUACCUCUGGCCAAGUUGUUGUUGAACUGCCCACCCCUCCACCCCCACGCAGCCCUGACCGCGCUCCUCCCUAGUUGUACAUGCAUAUGAAAGCCUAGAGAAAGAAGAAACAAGACACAAAAACCAGAACAGAACAAAACAGAAAACCCAAAACUCGCUGCAUUAUUGCUCUUUUAUUGACAAUGGGCAAAAUUAAGUAGACCUGAUAUGGUUGAUGAAAAUACGUAAGUAAACUUUAUAUAAUAUAAAUAUAUAAAUAUAUAAAUAUAAAUCUAUAUAUAUAUAUAUACUGUAUAGGUAGUAUUUGUGUGUGAAAGGCAAACAUUUCAGUCCACAAAAUUAGCAAUAUAGACUUUACAAGGAGCUCCACGUACCUGAUAGAAAGACAGUACCUUAGAUGAAUGUAUGAGAGAGUAGACUGAAAACCUAAAUGCUAGGAACAAACUCAGAUACUUUCAUAUUUUCAUAAAAAGCAAAGAAGUCCCUCUAGGACUAAAUCAUUACUUACGCAAUCAUUACUAACUGUGCCAAGUAACAUAGAUCUAACUGUUUAAAAGUCCAAUGUUGCUUUAUAGAAAUCCUUAUUUUAUUAACAGAAUACUAUCAUAAGUAAUCAGUAUUAUAAUUGCUCUGUUAUUUCAGGUAAGCAAAUAGAUAAAAUGCAGUAAACUACAGUAGCAACUCAGGAUAACUAGUUAAGAACUGGUUGUCUUCGAAUAUCGGUUACACACAGAUUCAUAGACAUCUGAACGGCUGUGAUGACUGUGAAUUUCCAUGACCCAUAUUUCUUUUAUAUGCAUAUGAGUUGAUGCACACUCACCCAGAGUCCUCUGAGAGGGGCACCCAUACACUGCAGACGUAGCAUCUCCAACCCGGAACGACCAGCUCUCAUCCUCGUCUCCCUCAGCACCAUAACUUUUUCAUCCUGUUUCCAGCUGCAACAGGCAGAGGCCCCCCGAGCACGGUUUCACCAGGAACCUCUUUCAGACCUGCAGGCUGAUUUUAGCAUUUAGCAACCAGGGCAGUGUGUGUGUUUCCCAUUUUAUUUUCUGAGUGGUAGCCGUGAUCAUUGUAACUCCAUGUAGCCAUGUGCUAGCAUAACCCCUGUGUCAUCCCUGUGGCCCCUCUAACCCCAGCUGAGAAGUGCCCAGCCCUCACCGGCGAGGCUCCCGCUGCCUUCUCAUGGUCCAGUUAGCUGCCAGGGCAUCAUAUGACUCUCAGCUGUGCUCUUGUUGCUUCCGUGUUGUGGUGACACCAUCCGCUCCCCUGGGACCGGGCGCUGCACGCGUCCGGUUCUGUGCCUGAGUCACCCAUGGGCCAUACUUUGUAGUUUCAGCCUUUCGAGCCACUGCAGCCACCAGUGCUGUGUUCCUAAGCCAUGGGACCCCGAGGACUGCCCCACGGCACCUGCCCAGGUGGAGAGC